UUUCCAGCGGCAGCGGCAGCGGCUCUCUGGCUGCGGCCUGCCAGACGGCAGGCGUGAGGUGAGGCGGGCGGCCUGGGGACUGCGCUGACCAGCCCCGGACACCCUGAGGCUGCCCUCGCCCCUGCUCACCGGCCCCUGGUUUCUGAGCACACCUCUGCUGGGUGUGCCAGGGCGCAGCAGGCGGGAUGGAGCAGAACACGGUGACCGUGAACGGGGUGGAGGUGACCUCGACGCUGUCCCAGCCGACCCACAUCAACAUCCACAUCCACCAGGAGUCGGCCCUGGCUCAGCUGCUGAAGGCGGGGAGCUCCCUGAAGGAGUACUUCUCUCGGCCCACGGACAGCGGCCCUUCCAAGGCCGGCAUCCGCUCCAGGCAGCUGGCCCUGGGGGUGACGCAGGUGCUGCUGGGCGCGGUGAGCUGCAUCCUGGGGGGCUUCCUCUACAUCGGGCCCUGGAUCCAGCUGCGCGCCACGGGCUGUGCCUUCUGGGCAGGGGCGGUGGCGUUCGCAGCAGGAGCUGGGACCAUCGUCCAUGAGAAGCGGGGGCGCAAGUGCACCGGCUGCGCGUCAGACCUGCUCACCAUGGCGGCCGUGGCCACGGCCUUGGCUGCUGCCGUCCUCUGUGCCAUGAGCUUCACCUGGCAAAGCGACGGCUUCAUGGACUCCCUGUGUGGCCUCCAGGGCUGGGGCUGGCGCGAGGAGCAGUGCCGGGACUACAUGCAGAUGCUGCUGAACCUGUUCCUGGGCAUCCGCGCCCUGCUGCUGGUUGUCUCGCUCCUGCAGGGCAUCGUCUCCUUGGCUUCCCUGGGCGUGCGCUUUCGAAGUGUGUGUGGCCAGAGGCCUCUGCCCCUGGACGAGGAAGAGACAGAGAAGAAGCUGCUUGCAGAGAACUCAGUGCCUCCCUCCCCCUGCAAGGAGAAGGUCCCCUUGGUUCUGUGAAGGGGCAGAGACCCGCCCACCUGCCUCCCUGCACGCCGGGCAGAGCCCAGGGAAGACCCCGCUGGGCCCUCAUGUCCCCGCCAGUGCCGCCAGGGCCUGUGGGAAGGACCGUGCUGCCUUCCAGCGCCUCCCGCGGCUCUCUCCCCUGGCCGUCCCUCCGGCCACCAUGCAGCCCCCUCACCCACCGCCCACCGUCCUCACUCCAGGUCCUUGAACGCAGUGAACAGCUACGGUUGCAUCCCCUGCUGAAUAAAGAGAAACAAUCAUGAGAACAACCUUGCAGAGAAGGGCGCGGACCCUUUCUUCACGCACAAGGGCUGGACCUUUGUGUUUGCGGGAGUGGGGUUAGAAGGGACCUGACUGAUCAUCCGGGGAGACGAGGGCCCAAGAAGCCAGAUGCAACCGCCUCCUGCUCUGCAGCCCAGGUGGCAACACCCCAUUUGUGGUUCAGGGGGCAGGUGCCUUUGACCUGCUGAGUUGGCCUCUAAGCAUCUACAGCUCCCACCUGUGGGAUUUCAGAUUGUGUGAAGCAAGUGAGGGACAGGAUGCUUCCACCCCCCCACCACACUUAUUAUUCUUCAAUUAAUUGCAAAUGAUGCCAUCAAUUUAAAGCUGUCCCUGUGCACAUAUGAAUACGUAAGACAAGCAUGCACCCUUGAGCUUCCUGGAG